GAUUCAACGUAGUUUCCACAUUGUUGUCGUAUACGUUACUCAGAAUCACAUUGACAAGUUUAUCAUUAUACUUCGGGGUUUUAUCAGGGAGGGUCGUGAAAAUGACCGGAGUGGACGAAAUACUAAAUUAUCAAAAGAAUCCUGAUGAUGACUUCUAUGGUUUACUCGGAUGUGAUGAAAGUUCCACUGUAGAACAAAUAACUGCUGAGUAUAAAAUACUGGCUUUGCAAUAUCAUCCUGAUAAAAAUGAUGGUGAUAAAGAUGCUGAAGCAAAGUUCCAAAAACUAAAAGAGGCAAAGGAAACUCUUUGUGAUCCGAUGAAGAGGGCCUUGUAUGAUAAAUGGAAGCAGAGCGGUAUUUCAAUGGGCUAUAAACAGUGGCUUGGUAUGAAAGAUCAUGUCCAGCAGUCCAUGCACUGGUCCAAGCCCAACACUAAGGAUCGCAUGUUGGAGGAUGAGGCCGGCCGUUCCUCGGGGCCGUCUAGCUUGGGCCCAACCAAUGCUGCUGCUCGUCGUGCUUCUGAGGGCGGGGCAGCUCUAUGGGGACGUUGGGGCGCCAAUCAAGAGCCCCCCUCUGAAGUGAUCUCCAAAUUCCGCAACUAUGAGAUCUAAUCUCAGCGGUUAAUAUUUUCUUUCUUUGCAAGAGGUCUAUGUGCCCUGAACUCUUGUGUUUUAUAUUAUGUUUAUAGGCUGUUAGAAGCUUGCCAAAUCUUUUAUUUAAAUAGUUAAAAAUAGGUUAUAUUAUUGUUUAGAAUAUCUUAAGGGCACAAUUUAUAUUCAUCAAGUCGGCUCAAAUUAAAAUGUUGCUCGAAUGUCACUCGAUAUCUGAAUGUUCAAUGUUAAAUGUUUUAAAACUAAUUCAAAUAUUUCUAUGUGUUAGAAGCCCCACUUAGAUUUUAAUUUUUAGUGUUUGACACAAGUCUAGACAUCCUUUAGCUUUAAGAUGUGCACAUUCCUAUAACAUGUGAGUCUGAUUAUAACAUUUCUGCUGUAUUACAAUAUUUAAAAUUUAUAUGAAUCUCUAUGAUAUUUUGAAGAUUUAUAUUUUGGAUCCUCUUUAGACUAAUUAUAUUUUAUCUGUGAGUAUUACAUUACCCACUGAUCGGAGAAGGUGUAUAACUGGAAUUGUUGUGACUUAAGUACAGGGUAUUGUUGGUGAAGGAAAUAUCAGAUUUUUAUGUUUUUUUUUUCUGUAACCUUAACAAAAAUAUUAUAUGAUUGUUUUAAUGCUAUCCUUAAUAAUCUUCUAAAUAAAAUGAAUGUCUCCCUGAUAGGUGUAAGUAGGUAUUAAUAUGUGUUAAAUGUUUUCAACAGUAUUUAAUCUUUAUUGGAUGUUUUUAAAUAUAUUGAUGUUAUAUUAAUAGAGUAGUGAUUUUAAAUCAAAUGUUUUAUGUCUAUGAGAAUCUCUGAAUUAUUGUGACAAUUUUAUUUUAAUGUUAUUUAAAUCUAAAUGGAACAAUAAAUAAAGUUUAUCAACAUGCGAACGAUAAAA